GUACAUACGACUUCCACAGAUUAUGAUUUCGAAUCCAACACAAUGUGGUAAAUGAAUCCGUCCAUAGGAUAAUAUCAGGGUACAUUUUAUUGAAGUCAACGCUUUCACAAUCGAAUCGACUAAUCUUGCUAAGAUAUACAACUACGGCAAAGGCAAAUUCCGAUGCAUCGCAUAAUCCAUGUAUCUGAUGAAUUGGAGAUGAAUCGUAUCCACCAUGGAAGUAACAACGUGGUACUCGUAUGUCACUUAAUGCCAUUAAAUCGUGAACGAGAGAAUUCCAACGUGAUAAGGCCUUGCCAAACAGAUCUUCACCCCAAUUACUGCCAGAAGAGCAGAAGAAACGCAUGACCGUAUUGUUGAAUAUCAAUUAAAAGAAGUUAAAACUACAAACAUCAACAACGAUUUGCUAAGCAAAAACAAAACAAGCAUACAAAUGGCAAAUUUUCUUGAAUACAUACCAUGGAGAAGUUAUAACUGGUUUGGAAGAUUAAUAUUGAUUGUCUUUGGUAUAGUUUUCAUCCCUGUUACUACUGUUUCAUCAGUUUUAUUUCUUAAUAGCUCAUUUGAUUGUCAUAAUGAGAUUAUAUCAAAGACGAAAGAAAGUUCUCUUUUAAAGAGCAUUGAAUCAACAUGUUUCAGACAAUACAAAGAUGGUUUAACUUUUAAGGAUGCUGCUUUUCUUACGGUAGUUUUAAAUUUUGCCAUUGUCUUAAUUUGGAGUAUUGUCUAUGGAUAUUAUGUAAAGCAUCGAAUUGAACCAAAUGAUACUGACAGUCCAAUAGAAAACAGGAACGAACAAAGUCAACCUCUACAUGUGGAUUAUAGUGAAGGAACUCCUCAAUCCGACAACGUUGCAUUUAAUUUUUCUUCAUUUUCCAUAUACAUCGUUUAUUUAGUGGUUCGCCUCAUCAUAUUGUCUGUCUUCAUUGUAUUACUUUUCCAUGCUAAGUUUCCCAUCUACUACACCUGUAAAAGACGUCCAACUUUGAAAGAAAUUUCCUCAUUAAAUAACACCAUUUCUACCAUUGAUUGUGAAAAUCUCAACGCUGAUAAAAAGGAAACCUUAAUUAAAGCUGUUUUAUCUGUCGAUUUUAUUGUAAUAACACUAACAAUUUUGGAGCUGUGUUACUUGACGUAUAAGGCUUGGACUGAUAACUCUUUUAAAAAAGAGAAUAAAUUUUGUACAGUUUACUUGAAUUUUGUACUGCUUCAAAAACCUAAAGAAUGGUUGGAGGAAAAUAUAAACGAUCUUUACACGAACAAAUUUUUUGAAAUACACGACAACUUUGGUGAUGAGAACAAAGAAAGGCAAAAUCUUGAUAAUAUUUAUGUCAACGUCAUACUACAAGCAAAGAGACAAUUAAAGAAUGCUUUCCCAGAAACGUUUAAUCGGCACGAAAUCUUUCAUUCUUACCUAAAAGUGAGAAAUGAUGUAAAAAAACUAACAAGAGUAAAUGAGAUUUUUACGCCAAUCCCAGGUGAGCAGAGCACGUCGUGUCCAAACUCUAUUUUAGUCAUUGGAAGGCCGGGAAUUGGUAAAACUAUGCUCACUAAAAAACUUAUAUACGAAUGGAAAAAUAAUCGAGAUGGAUAUUGGCAAGAUAAACUUGUUAUUUUAGUGAGAUGUCGUGAUCUUGAAACUUGCGACACUACUCUCGAAGAUAUGUUAAAGCGGCGUGAUGGACUAAAAGAUAAACAUUAUUCUCAAGUUUACAAAUUCAUAAUCACUUAUCCAAAACAAACUGUCAUUAUCAUCGACGGACUCGAUGAAUUAUUUCUAAAUCGUUUAGAGCUCCAUGAAACAAAGAACCCUGUAUUUAAACUAAUAAAAAAAUUAGUUGAAGGUGAAACGCUGUCUGAUGCCAUUGUUCUAGUAACAUCACGACCCACAGCUGAACAUGCAUAUGGAUGUUUAAAGUUUGACAGGACUGUGGAAAUCUUGGGCUUUUUUGAAGAUCAGAUUAAAGAAUACGUCGACAAGUUUUGUGGUAAAGACAAGAAUACAGCCAAAAGCAUUUAUGAGCACAUUGAUACUUCUCUUGAACUUAAAAGUUUGUGUUAUAUUCCUGUGAAUAGUUACAUUGUUUGUCUAACCCUAAAAGAGAGCUUGAUAUGUAAGGCUGAAGAUAUUCCAAAGACCAUCACUAAGUUAUAUAAUAGAGCAAUCAAAGUCUUGCUGUGGAUGCAUCAUCCACUUUGCAAAUCAGGUAAAAUACCAAGAGAAAAUGAUUAUCUUAUAAUUCCUUUGCACCCCGAGCUUAAAAACGAUAUUGACAAAAUAAAAGAUAUUGCAGUUAGUGGAAUUACCAAAGGAAAUUUGAUUUUUGAAAAAAGUAGUAAUAGUGCUUUUCAUGAGGUAGCAAAUUGUGGUAUAUUUCACCGUAUACAGGAUGCAAAACGCUUACAGUACUGUUUCCUACACUUGACUAUUCAAGAGUUUCUGGCUGCGCAAUGUAUUGUAGACGAAUGGAGCAAAAUUCCACUGUUUUUGGAUUAUAAUAAACGUGAUCCUAAAUGGCAAUUGGUGAUACAGUUUGUCGCUGGUCUAAUUGGAGACAUGAAGAGAUCUGGCAGCAUAAGAGAUACUAAAACAUUAGAAGAUGUUGAAGAACGGUUUAAAGACUGGAUUUCAAAUUUGUUUUCCGAGAACGGCGAUAAAGUCCUUGGUUUUCUUGGAGUAAAGUGCUUAUACGAGUUGCAAGACAAAGAUUUCAUGAGCUCAGCUUGCACAGAGUUAAAGAAUUUUUCUCAAAUAUUGAAAAUUAAUUACGUUUCUUUUACGCCUGUUGAUUCAAACGCAUUGUUUGAAUUUCUAUCCGAAUGUGAACACAUAACACGUGUUUCUUUUGAAGAUUGCAAGUUUCUUGAUAAUCAUAGCUUUCUUCCUUUAAAAAACUAUUUGUCAAGUGGGAGAGCGGAAAUUUUGAUUAACUUAAAGUUUUGUCGUUGUACUUUAGGCAAUCUUUUCAGUAAGCAUUUUAUUGAAGCUUUAAAGAGUGAGAAUUGCAAACUAACUAAGUUGGAACUUUUAGUUGCCAAAAUAGGUGAUGAAGGUGCUAAAUGUUUUCGUGAAGCUUUGAUAAGUCAGAGUUGUAAACUUACUGAAUUAACUCUUCGGUCUGUCAGUAUAUUUGAUGAAGGUGUAAAAUAUCUUAGUGAAGCUUUGAAAAGUGAGAAUUGUAAACUUACUACAUUGGAUCUUAGUGUUAACUGGAUAGAAGAUAAGGGUGUGAAAUCUCUUAGUGAAGCUUUGAAAUGUGAGAAUUGUAAACUUACUGAAUUGCAGCUUAAUUAUAAUUACAAAAUAGAAGGUGAAGGUGCGAAAUCUCUUAUUGAAGCUUUAAAAAGUGAGACAUGUAAACUUACUAAAUUGCAUCUUAAUUCUAGCAAUAUAGGUGACGAAGGUGCAAAAUAUCUUAGUGAAGCAUUGAAAAGUGAGAAUUGUAAACUUACUAAUUUAAGUCCUGAUAGAAACCAAAUAGGUGAUGAAGGUGCAAAAUAUCUUAGUGAAGCUUUAAAAAGUUAUAAUUGUAAACUUACUAGUUUAAAUCUUAAUAGCAACCAAAUAGGUGAUGAAGGUGCAAAAUAUCUUAGUGAAGCUUUAAAAAGUUAUAAUUGUAAACUUACUAGUUUAAAUCUUAAUAGCAACCAAAUAGGUCAUGAAUGUGAAAAAUAUCUUAGUGAAGCAUCGAAAAGUGAAAAUUGGAAACUUUCUCAAUUGUAUAUAAAGGGUUACAAUAUACGAAAGAAUGUUUGAAAGAAUGGGUUGCAAUAUAGGUGAUUAAGGUGCUAAAUAUCUUAGUAAAGCAUUCAAAGUUAGAAUUGUAAACUUAUCAAAUAGGAUAUUGGUAAUAACAAAAUAGCAGCUAAAGGUGUGAUCUAUCUUGGUGAAGCUUUGAAAAAAAAGAUGUAAGCUUACUGAAAUAAAUAUCCUUAUAAACAA